GCAUCACCAGACACCAGCCAGGCUAUCGAAGAUCCAGCAGAGCACCAAGGGUCAGUCCAACACACACCACACCUGAAUUUUUGUGUAAUAGUUCAGAAAAACGUGGUGUCAUUGGUAAGGCGCAAGUAACCCAAGAGAGGUUUGGACUGCACAAAGCGAAGCCGAGAAACACGGCCUGUGCUGGGAUCGCGAGCUGCAAUGAAGCCGUGCGGUGCGACGUCUGCGGUGCUCACAGCGGUGGCCGCGUGCGUGGCGUACGCUUUCAUAUUUUGGGGUGGGCAGCAGCAGCGGUCGAGGUCCGAGGGCGGCGGGGAGUAUGAGCUCGGGUCGGGCAAGAUGUUCGACUCCAUUGCUCCUCGGUACGACCUCAUCAACAAGGUGAUUUCCCUUGGGUUGGACAUGCAAUGGCGAAAAGCAAUGGUUCGAGGCCUCGAGCUGCGAGAUGGAGACCGAGUGGUAGAUAUGGCCACGGGGACGGCAGACGUCGCGAUCAUGAUUUCCGAAGAACUGGCCAAGCUGGAGGGGACCCCAGGCGACCGAGGAACGAUCUCGGGAACGGUCGAACCGGAGGUGAUCGGGAUCGACCCUAGCGCGAGGAUGCUAGAGGUUGGGCGGGAGAAGGUUGCGGAGGCGGGGCUGUGUUCUCGGAUACGCCUUCAAAUCGGGGACGCUCAAGAUUUGGCGGAUAUCGCGGACGGAUCGGUGGACAAGCUGACGAUGGCCUUCGGGAUCAGAAACGUCCCCGAUCGACCUAAGGCCUUGAGAGAAAUCAGGCGCAUCAUGGCAACACCAGCGCUAGAUGCGGGGGCACAUGGGGCGACAGACGACGCUGGCGGUGCGGGAGGACAAGCGUCUUCGUCUUCGGUUGUUGCGAUUCUAGAGCUCCAGGACCCGGAGUCGGGCUUGCUGGCGUCGGCGUCAAGGGCUUUCAUAAAGUACGGGGCGCCCUUGUUGGGCUGGGUGAUGAGCGGCAACGGAGCUGAGUACGGGCACUUGAAGAACUCAAUUCUCAGAUUCCCCUCGGUGUCGGAGUGGACAGCCCUGAUGGAAGACGCAGGCAAGAUUCACCUAGUCGCGCCGCUGCCCCCGGGGCUGGAGGUUUUCUCCCACGAGACGAUGGGGUUCGGGACGGUUCACCUCUACCUCGCAAGACCUCGACCCAACACCCGAUAGAGGGCAAUCCUUCCCUCGUU